AUGAAAAAAAUAAAUAUCAAUCUGUAAGUAAUUUUUUAAUUUAAGGCAACAUCGUGGAUACAAAAUAUGUCUCCAAAUUAAUCAGAGUUCCUUGAUUUCUAUUUAUAAAUUUAUGAAGUCUAUAAAGGUUUAGAAUAAAUUUUAGGGUUGGAACAGAAAUAAGAAGAUUAAAUGA